AUGCGUCUCCUACCUACCUUCCUGGCCGCAGCUCUCACUAUAGGCACAUCAACUGCCCUCAAGAACUGGGACUUCUAUAUCUUCAAACCAGGUUGCGAUCCCGAGAACGUUGACAUCAGUCUGUAUAUAUACCACGCCAUCGGAACUAGGGUCCAGUCUUGCACUGCCCUCGAUACACGGGAGGACCUUGAUCUCUCAGAAGCGGACAGUCUGUCGUGGAAGAGCCCGGCGGCGGAGCGCGCACAGUUUGAUCUAUGCAUGUAUGCAGACGGUGAUUGCAGUGGGGUGCAUACGGAUGUGAUUCGCAGCACUUGGGAUAUUUGUUAUCCGUAUAAUGGGUUUAAGGGGUACAAAGUUGUUCCUAUUGGGGCUGCUUGUGAGUAG